AUGAACUCACGAUUUCUUCUCUUUCUUUUUUUCUUAAAAUUUUGUUUUUGUUACAUUAAAAAUAUUAACAGAUUUACAAAUAGCAGUUUUUCAAUCUUAAAAAGUGAAAAAGACCAAGCACAAAAUCGAAAAAAAAAUAAACUAAUUUAUUUAAAUAAUACUACCAAUUCUACAUAUGGAAAUAAAAAUACUCUAAAAAAUGGCAGCAUUAAUAAUAUUGGAUCUGUAGAAAACAUAACAGACAAUUUUAGUUGUGAUGAGAAUAAAAAUAUUAGUACAAAAUUUCUAAAUGCAAAUAAAGAAGAGGAUUAUAAUGAUCUGUAUUUCUAUCAUAUAUUUAAAAAAAUUAAUAUUAUAAAAAAAAAUAAAUAUAUAUAUAGCCCAGCAAAAUAUGAAUCAAUACGGUCAUAUAUAAAGAGAGAAUUAAAUGAUUGUCUAGAUAUAAAUACUACAUCUUAUAUAUUUAAGCUUUCUGAAUAUUUUCCAAAAAAUAUUUUAGAAGCAUCCGUAUAUGUAAAUGAAGUUAUAAAUAUUCUUAGUUUUUUUACCUUUAACAAUGUUAAUAAUGUAAAUCAAAUAGCUAGCUGUCAUACUGAUCUUGGUAUUGACAAUACAAAAGAAGAAAAAAAUAAAUUAAAUGAAGAUUUAAAAGAUUUAUCUGAACACGUUAAUAUAAAUAACAAUGACACUAAUAUUUCUGGUGGAAUUAUAAAUACACACAUUAGUUCUAAUGCACUUAUGGAUAAUAAUCACAUGAACAGUGUUCAUAAUUUUAUGAACAAGUCAGCAGAAAAUUACCAAAAUUUGUCUUCAGUAGAUCAAAAUAAUUUAUAUGAUGAAGAAAAAAUACAAAUGAUAAAAGAAUCAUAUAUAAAUAAACUAAAAGGAAACAGUGAAGAUACAAGCAUAUCAUGCAACUCUCACGGCGAUGCUGACAAUAGUAGCAAUAUUACUAGCGAUAGUAAAGAUGAAGAUUUGCUCAUUUCAACACACAAAAAAAAAGAUGGUACAAAAAUUAGCAAAGUAAUAAGCAAGGAUACAAACUAUAAAUCAUUUAGCUAUUUUUUUUUUCGGCUAGUUGAUGCCAUUAGUGGGUUAUUUUGCUGCAUAGGGAAAAGGAGCAAAAGAGAAGAAAUUUAUAAUUAUUUAAAAAAUUUUAAAUCUAUUGAAAAAAUAAAAAACUAUAGUAUAACUGAUAUUAAUUUUAAUACCGAUUUUAUGAUAUACAUUAUAAGGUUAACAAAAUAUAAGCAUGAUAAUUUUAUUUGUUCUUUAAAAAAAUUAAAAAUGUAUGACACUGAAACAAUUAAAAAAAUAUUUUUAAGUUCAGUAUAUGAUAAUAUUUUAGAUUUGGAAUAUAUAAAAAAUUUAGAACAUGAAUAUAUUAUAAAGGAAUCAAAGGGAGAAAGACUUCCUAACAAAAUAUUUAAUGGUUUAACUGAAACCAAAAAUAUUGAUAACAAUGUAAAGACAUCCCAAAAUUUUGACCAGACAGGUAAUGUUAUAAGUCAAAAUAUAAGCCAAACAAAUCUUACACAAAUUGAAAAGAAAUAUAAAUUUUUAUUAGAAAAGAAAUUAGAAGAGCAAUCUACUAAAAAGGAUGUUCCAAAAAUCAAUGACGGUGAUUUAAAAAAUUUAAUCAAAGAUAUUAUAGGUAAACAUGUUUUCCCAAAAAAUAGUGCUCCUUCAAAGGAUAAAAAAAAAAAAAAAAUGAAAAAUGACAAUAAAUUAUUGCCUGUGUAUAUACAUGAAGUCGAGGAAACUCAAAUAAUGGAAAUAUUGAAACAAAAUAAAUAUAGCCAUAUAGAUUUGGACUCUAUAACUAUAAAAAAUCUCAUAAAAAAAAUGAAUACCUUACUUCGUUCAUACGAUAUUAACAUUACUGUUCAGGUGAAAAAAGAAAAUACUAGCAUUUCUGAUGAAAAAAUUAUUAACAGUUCAGAAGGAAAUAAAAAAAUGCCUGAACAAAGUAAUACGAAUAUGGAGAGCGAACAAAAUAAUGAAAAAAUAAAACAAGAUGAAAGCGAGACGGAAAAAACUAAAACAGACUUACGUGUCGAUUUAAGUGACAUAACAUUGUCAGAAGUAAAAGAUUAUAUACAUGAUAAUGAAAAGAAUGAAAAGAAUGAGAUAGAAAAUAUAAAUGAUGAUGUCCAUAUUGGUCAAAAUAGUGAUAUACCCGAAAAAGAUGUUUUAAAAUAUUUUGAUGUAACAGAAAAUAAAAAUUCUAUAAUAUUUGAAAUUAAUGAUUAUAUUUUGGAAAACGAAAAUAAAUCAGCACAAAAACAGGUAGGAGAAUCAAUCAAAUUUGGAAGUGUAGAAAAACUUGAUGAAAAUAAUUUAAACCAAAUUGAGGAGGAACUAGCAAAUGAACAAGAAAAGAAAGAUAGUACCGGCACAGAGCAAAACAAAAAUGGUGGACCCGAUAUAAACUUAUCGAAGGAAGUCGAGGCAGAGGAAGAAAUGGAAGUCGAAGCAGAGGAAGAAAUGGACGAUGAAGCAGAAGAAGAAAUGGACGAUGAAGCAGAAGAAGAAAUGGAUGAUGAAGCAGAAGAAGAAAUGGAUGAUGAAAUAGACGAGGCUGUGGAAGAUGAAAGGGAGGAGACGGAAGAGGUGGGCAAAGUGCGGAGAAUAAAAAAAAAGAAAAAAAUCAACAAGGAGAACAAAGAAAUCGAAAAUUUAAAGAUGUAUUUUCGAUACAUAGACAAUAAUAAACUAAAAUAUAAUUUUGAAAACGUAUACGGAAAAAAUAUGGAAGAAAAAAUAGAAUUAUUAUUAUUUAUUUUAAAGAAUGAAAAUAAAAAAAAAAUUAUAAUAUCAACUGAUGAAAAAGAAACAGAAUUAAUUAAAAUGAAAUGUAAAAUUGAAAAAGUAGAAUAUGAAGAUAUUGUAAGUACAUUAAAAAAUAUAAAAUAUUAUUUUGCAAAAAAUAUAAAUGCAAAUAAUUCAUGUUUUGUAUUUAUGAAUGAAAUUGAAAAUACAUUAGUCUUACGAAAAAUGUUUGGAAAAUUAAGAGAAAGUAAAGAUGAAGAAAGAAAAAUAACAAUAUAUCAUUUUUAUAAUAGUGAGCAUAAAUCACUUGUCCUUAAAAAGUUAUUUUAUUCUAUAACAAAUGAUGAAGAUUCUUAUUCGAAAUAUUUAGGUAAGCCUAAAAAUAAAAAUUCCCAAACUAGGGAUACCGAAAAAGGUGGUCCGAUUCCUGGACGCACUUCUGAACGAAAUAUAAAGGCACACACAUUUGAAAAGUAUAAUAAUAAAAAAAAUGAUGAAAUAAAAAAAAGAGGAAAAAAAAAGUUAAAACCAUCUGAAAAAAAUUGGUUAGCAUUUAGAAGAAGAACUUUAAAAAAAAUUGAUGAGAUGAAAAAAAAAGCUGAACUUAUAAAAAAAAAGAAAACUGAAAAAAGAGAUAAAAAAGUUAAAAGGGUUAUUGAAAAAUUAAAAUCAAAAGAAAGAAAACGAGCUGAAAAGCUAGCCAAAAAAACAAACAAACAAAAAAAAGUAAAAUAA